AUGGCUCCUUUCAGCAAGCAGACGGUGUUCGGCUUCGGCUGUUGUCUCGACUGGAGGCCGACCUCGUUUGUGACCGAGUUCCCGUCAAUCAUGCUCUGCAACGCCUGCGGACUGGUGCCCCCAAAGUUGGCCACGUUGCCAUGCCUUCACCUGAUCUGCGCACAGUGCUACAAACGCACUGGGAACGGGAGCAACCGGUGUCCUCUGGAUAAAGAAAAGUUCGACGAGGAGCACGUCGUCUGGUCGUCCAGGAUGGACAGGGAACGUCUGCUGAGUCGCAGGGUGCGCUGCUGGAAUGCGGACAACGGCUGCUACGUGGAGGGCGUUGCCUCCGAGAUGCUGGAGCAUUUCACCAGCGUCUGCCGGUUCCACGUCGUGAGCUGCGCCAGGUGCCGCGGCGAGGUCCUGCACGUGGCACUCGCCGACCACCUGGAGUGGUGCGGCUCGCAGAGCGCUUCUGCUGAGCAGCCAGCGCAUGACGACAACGUUGCCAACGAGGCACUGGAGCUCGACGAAGCCGCGCCGAGGUUCCUGUGA